AGGUACCCAAGCUUGAAUGAGCAUUUUGAUUGGCUAAAACUUGCAGUUACCAUGGUUUCUGAGGGACUUGAGGAAAUUUUGAGGUACCAAGGAAAAUUUUGAGGCAUAAGGAGAAUAUUUUGAGGCACUAGCUGGUUUUUGACCUUGAACUUUGUUUGGAAUAAUGUCUAUGAUUGGUUACGAUGUUCCAUGUUUAUUCUAACAGUGCAUUUUAUUGGUGCAUUUUAUCAACUCCCUCAAGUACAGCAAGCGUACCUCACUAUUUUCGACUUUCGACUUUCGAGAUACUAGUAUCGUUAACAUUUACCGCACGCAAUUUCUUCUGAAAAUGGAUAGAGAUUGUUUUCUAGAAGCCCAAGAGGCAAUGAACAGCAACAACAAAGAAGCUCUGUUGCUUCUGUACAACGAGCUACGCGGGCAGUUGAAUUCAAAGCCAAGAUGUUCAUCUUACUUGCUUCGAUCAAAACUGGGCAAUUCACUGUACCGGCAUAUUGUUGCUGAGACAUAUAUUCCAAGCAGUAUGAAAUCGCAGGGAAAGAUCUACACUGCAAUCAGAUCUCAAGCAUCAGGGAAUUGUCUUUACAGCUCAGUAUCUUUGCUGCUUGUAGGAGACAACAGCUUAUGACUGAGCACCAUGACCUUAGUCUUGUUAAUCUUUUGCCAUUAUCAGUAUCGGCCUCAUGUUUAGAUUCCGGCUUAAAGAAUGAGGAUUUAAUUAAGCAAGAAGCUAUUUUAAAUUGUUAUGAUGGUACCUGGUCACCUUUCUUGUGUAUUCUGGGCUUAUCAUCAGUUAUUGGUAAUGAAAUAUUUACUUAUUAUCCAGAUUGUGGGGACAUAAGACCCAAAUUACUUUUUAAUAGACAUGUAAACCCUCGCUUGGCAAAUGAAGCAAUUGUGAAGGAUGUUGCUGUUCACAUAUUAUUCUGCUAUGAAGGCAAGGUUAAGUCUGGCGAGAGCUUUUUGCCAAACCAUUAUGUUCCUCUUCUUUGCUCAACAAAAAAUGAAAAACAUAAAGUGUGUAACAAAAAGUGCAAGCAUCCUGACAACUCUUCUCUACAAGAACACCAAGAUAUUAAGCGAUUCUUCCAGCUGUCUUGCAUUGAUAAACCUUCUAACAGUAAUUUUAAAACUGAUAAGUCUAGCCUUAGCACCUUAUGUAUUGACAAGUCUUCUUCUCUUGAUGCAACUUGCUACAAAAAACCCCC